ACAUAAGAUGGGUACUAGUUUAAUCGGAUGAGCCAUUUGAGUCUUUUCCCUUCUCAUUAUUAUAUCAAUAACAGUUGUGGCACGAUAAGAGUUUUAAAAUGAAAAGGCCAUUGACUUUGAUUAUAUAGGAUUGGAACUUUGAUUAAUUGGCCCAAAGCUUUGCUCCCUCAGCUACUUCACUUCAGACAGCUAUGGAAAAUGUUCCGUUGGGUGCUCGUGGGCGCAAAAUACCUAAAGUUCCACAAGCAAUGCUACAGAUGGAAAUUGAAGAUUUCGAUCCCAAGAAAUCUACUAGUGACUAUUGCAGUGACUACAGUCCGAUGGUAGUUUCUAUUGGUCCUUACCAUCACGGGAGACCUGAGCUCCAAGGUGUCCAGAACUUGAAGCAAGAACUUUUGGAUCAUUUUGUCUCUGGAAGUGGUAAAACUGAAAAUGACUUCCUUCAAGAUUUCCGGGAGUCAGUUGACAUCGUGAGAAGUUAUUAUAUGGAGGAAUACACUGCUGCUUAUAGUAAAGAGCAAUUUGCAAAGAUGAUGCUCCUGGAUGCCUGUUUCGUUAUCUCUAUAAAUCUCAAAGCGCAUAUCGCUAAAACAAGCAGCAGUCGUCUUGGCAAAGUGGUGUUCUCACUGGCUCUCCGCGACCUACUUUUGCUUGAGAAUCAAAUUCCAUUUUGGCUUAUCAAGAAAUUGUUGAAAUUCGGAUAUGGGCAAGAGUACACAGAAUGGUGGAUCAAGAAUUUUAUAUGUAGAGUUAUUUAUGGAAAUCACAGAAAGGAAGCAGGGGACAUUGGAGAUGAUAGCAACAACCCGCCCCUCUUCCUUCUAGAAGCUCUCCGGAGAGCAAUUGUUUCAGGAAAUUGGACCAAAUCCAACCAAACAAAUCAUUAUUAUAGCAUUGGCGAUGAUGAAGACAUUGAACCAAAGAGAUACAAUUACUCGUUUCAUUCAAUCAGAGAUCUCAAAGAAAAAGGCAUCUAUUGUAGGCCUGCCCAAACUGGUUUAGUGAAUGACAUCAAGUUCAAGUCAUUCUGCUUCUACGGCAAGCUUGAAUUACCAACAUUCAUCGUGACAAGCAGGUCACGUGUUUGGCUCAAGAACAUAAUAGCUUAUGAGAUGAGUCCUGGAACAAAUGUCGGGUUGGAAGUAAUAUGUUACAUAAAUUUUAUGAAAUCGAUCAUCAAUGAUCCUAAAGAUGUGCAAGAACUGCGAGACAAACGGAUACUCAUCAACCGACUCAACAGUGACGAUGAAGUGGUCAAAUUGUUCAAGGAGAUCAAUACUUGCGGUUUGGAUGACGAUCACUUUGUUUUCAAGGUCAAAGAACAAAUACAAAAGCACUAUAAUAGCAAGGCAAAGACAUGGAUGAUUGAACUAAUUAUCACUCACUUUCUCACUCCAUGGAAGGUAGUUGCAUUACUUGCUGCUAUUUUCAUUCUUUUUUUGAGUGCUACUCAAACCUAUUUCACUGUUUAUCCUAGACAUUGAUGGUUGGGAAGGAAUUAGGAGUGCCUUCAUGAAGAUCCAUGGUACAUUAUUUAGAACUAUGUCAGUAAUACUCUGUUUGGAUGGUUGUUACGUACUGUUUCAUAAUGAAUUGUAUUUUAUUAUGUUGUAUGGUAUUGCACUGUAUUGUUUUAAUGAAUACAAUGUUUGGAUAGACUG